CACGCACGCGCGACUCUUCUGAUUGACGAGUGAGGGCAGGAAAAAACCAGGUCCUAAUAAGAACGCAAAGAAGGCAGGGUCUUGCCCCCAAAGCGAUAUCUUAUCUAUUAAAAGCGACUCCGACUCCGGCAGAGCAUUGGUAUAUAUCCGGUUCAGCUACCCUCCGCAACCCCACCUCCUCUACCCCACAUUGAAAGCUAGUCGGCAAUAGAGUCGAGCCUGGGAUUUUUUGCGCAUUAAACCAGCUUCAGCUUCGCCACAAUGGGUUUACUAUCACUGGGAACCCCUCUUCCGUGGGAAGAAGCCCGCAAGCACGCCGACCAUGUGCGGAAACACGGCAUUAUCCAGUUCCUGAACAUCUGGAACCGAAUAAAGACGCGAAGAAAGGACCACCUACUAUGGGGUGACGAGAUCGAAUACGUCGUUGUGCACUACGACGAAGAGAACAAGCAACCGCGAGUGUCGUUGAGAGCCCACGAUGUUUUGGAGAAACUGCAAGCGCUGGAGAUGGAUGCCAUAGCGAAAGGUGAAGUCUUCGAGAGUUCGUGGAAGCCAGAAUACGGACGAUACAUGUUGGAAGGCACACCUGGGCUUCCGUAUGGCUACACGCUGGAGGACACUCUGGCUGUCGAAGAGAGCAUGCGACGAAGGCGAGAGUUGGCUACAUCGCUGUUGCCACCCAAUGAAGCCGUCUUGACAAUGACAAACUUCCCAUUGCUUGGUUCUUGUGGGUUCACAGAGCCAUCUGCGACGGCGACACCAGACUCUGGCCCAAGCAUGAGUCUGUUCAUUCCGAGCGAAGCUAUCAACCCACACGCUCGGUUUCCCACAUUGACUGCGAACAUCCGGGAGCGUCGUGGAUCAAAAGUCUCCAUCAACAUGCCCAUCUUCAAGGAUAAGAACACCCCGUCACCAUGGAAGGAGCCAGCUCCUUCUUGUUUGGCUAGAAGCUCCACCAAGUCUUUGUCUACAGCUGUUGCCGCCGGAUGCUCAAAUGGAGAAGUGAAGGCGACUGAGCAGGCUGCAAAGUCUCUUGAUCAAGAGCAUCUUCCCUCUUUGCCAGACUUGGUCCCCGACGCACUUCCUGAUCACAUUUACAUGGAUGCCAUGUGCUUCGGUAUGGGAUGUUGCUGUUUGCAAGUCACAUUCCAGGCUUGCUCAGUGGAGGAAGCUCGAUUGCUGUAUGAUCAGCUGGCUGUCGUGACACCCAUCAUGAUGGCGCUAUCGGCAGGAGCACCCAUCUUCCGUGGGUAUCUAGCCGAUGUGGAUUGCCGAUGGAACGUCAUUUCAGGAAGUGUUGAUGACCGGACGGUGGAGGAACGUGGACUGAAGCCUUUGGACCACUCUCGAUUCCGCAUCCAAAAGUCCCGAUACGACUCGAUAUCCAAUUAUUUAUCGCCUGGGCCUAACUACUCUGGCGGGUGCAGUCUUUCUCCAGACCUCGCCAAGAUCCCAGUAGAGCAAUUAUCCUCCAUCCCGUCGAAAGGCAUGGAGUUCUACAAGGAUCAGUACAACGACCUCAACUGCCCGUACGACCCAAAGAUAUACGAGCAACUGCGCGAAGGCGGAGUGGACGAUUUGCUUGCCAAGCAUUACGCACACUUAUUCAUUCGCGACCCGCUCGUCGUUUUCAAGGAACUCCUGGAUCAAAAUGACGAACUCAGCUCCGAUCACUUUGAGAACAUCCAAUCCACGAACUGGCAAACGAUGAGGUUCAAGCCGCCACCACCUUCAGCUCCACAUAUCGGGUGGCGUGUGGAAUUCAGGAGUAUGGAAAUCCAGCUAACGGAUACGGAGAAUGCAGCUUUCGCCGUUUUCGUUGUUCUGCUGGUCAGGGCUAUCCUGAGCUUCGAUCUGAAUCUCUACAUUCCUCUGAGCAAGGUCGAUGAGAAUAUGCAACGAGCACACUCCCGCGAUGCUGUCCAUCGCGAGAAAUUCUGGUUCAGACGCCAAGUCGUCGGAGAUCCUCAGCGCAAGCUGUCGGAACUUGGAUGCAAGUGCAAAGGCUCGACCAACCAGACGGUCGCCCAAGCCAUCCACGGUGAAGGAUACGUUAAUGGAGUUGCGAACAGGGAUGACCCAGAUGCUUUCGAUGAGAUGACCCUUGAUGAGAUUAUGAACGGCAAGCCAUCGACCAACUUCCUCGGUCUCGUGAACCUCGUCCGCCGGUACCUCAAAACCCACAGCGAGGCAAUCAAGGAGGAGACGCGCGCCAAACUCGACACAUACGUCGACAUCGUGUCGCGCAAAGCAUCAGGAGACCUUCAAACGGGGGCCACGUGGUUGCGCAAUUUCGUGACGUCUCACCCGGAAUACAAGCAGGAUUCCGUGGUUAGCAAGAAGAUUGCGUACGAUCUUUGCAAGGCGGUCGAAGGACUUGCUGGUAAGAAGGUCAAGGGUCUCAACUGUUGAGCCUUCGGCUGGAUUGGACCGCGUUGCGAAAGGAUGUGCUCCAAUAAGCGUCGACCGCAUGAUCUCGGACAGACCAUCGACUAGCAUCGCAUCUUCGCACAGCAAGGACUGGGACCUUUCCACCUCACUUUUCCCAACCAUGUAGUAAUGGUUCCGGUCUACGCUUUAGGAUAGGAUUCCGCACGCAGCAUACCAUUUACUUAGGGUCUCCCCUUCCACCUUCAUUUAUUACGCUUCUCAAGGCUACUUCAUUCGCGUCAUUGACACCAUGGGGGAGUUCGAGACAGCCAGUACCGCACGAUUCUCUCUACGUAGGUCUUCAUUUCGCCUUUACAUAAUAUGGAUAUGCUUCGCUAUGGGCCGACGUCCCUAUUUCGUUGCCCCCGAUGAGUUCAUGGGAUCUGUGCUAUUGCUCCG